UGUGUUCAUGUCACUCAAAAAUAUGCAUUUAAAUCAAUUCAGGAUCAAAUAGCUAAAAAAUCGUAUCACUGACAAAAAAAGGGGCAAAACAAAUUCACCACGCCAGGAAGGGUGAAGGCAAUCGGGUCGGCCAGCCCUACCAAAGAGGUGUCCCUUAUUUAUUUUUCAGAGAGUUUGGAACCCUACCUGUCAGGAAAGACAACGUGAAGUCUGAGAGAGAGAGAGAGAGAGAGGACGAGAGAGAGCCUUUUGUCCUUCACGUGAAGUUUUUUACUUUUAAUAUAAACUUUGAAACUGGUGUGAAAGAUCAUUUCACUGUGUUCUGCUGUAAACUGAGUGCAGACUGAGAAGGAAAUAGACCAGACCUUGAAUAUCUAGAAGAGCAGCAUGGCCUGAACCACAACUGAGCCGCAGCCGGCCCAGUGCAACAUGGACAAGGACCUUUCAGAGCAAGUUGGACCCUCACACACAAAAGGUCAGGACCAAAGACUGAGAGCAGAGUCUCCAGGGUCCAGCUGUGUGUCUCUGAAGAGUGACUGGUCCAUGAGUCUUCCUCCAUGCUUCAGUAAUGAACCUGGACCCUCACACACAAAAGGUCAGGACCAAAGACUGAGAGCAAAGUCUCCAGGGUCCAGCUGUGUGUCUCUGAAGAGUGACUGGUCCAUGAGUCUUCCUCCAUGCUUCAGUAAUGAACCUGGACCCUCACACACAAAAGGUCAGGACCAAAGACUGAGAGCAGAGUCUCCAGGGUCCAGCUGUGUGUCUCUGAAGAGUGACUGGUCCAUGAGUCUUCCUCCAUGCUUCAGUAAUGAACCUGGACCCUCACACACAGAGACAUGUCUUCACAGAAAGAGGAAGAGGAGUCAUGGUUCUGAGGAGGAGCAGUUGUCCUGCUGUUCUUCGUGUCAGGACGUCCUCAAGGAUCCAGUCUCCACCAGCUGUGGACACUGGUUCUGCACAGAUCGUGGUCUGCAGGAGGUUUUAUAUGAACAUAAGCUCAGUGUGAGGAGGAGAUGUGAACAUGUGACUGAAGGAACUGAUGAAACAAAAAGUAGAACCCUCCUCAACAGGAUCUACACUGAGCUCUACAUCACAGAGGGACAGAGUGAAGAGGUUAAUACUCAACAUGAGGUGAGGCAGCUUGAGACGGCUUCCAAGAUGAAGAUCCUCCACGACACUCCCAUCCGGUGCCACGACAUCUUUAAAGCCUCCACUGACCAGCAGAGAUUCAUCAGAGUCGUCCUGACCAACGGCGUCGCUGGCGUUGGAAAAACCUUCUCGGUGCAGAAGUUCACUCUGGACUGGGCAGAGGGUUUAGAAAACCAAGAUGUGCGUCUGCUGACUUUGCUUUCGUUCAGGGAGCUGAACCUGGUGAAAGAUCAGCAGCACAGUCUUCUCACGCUGCUGCGUGUUUUCCAUCCAGCGUUACAGAGGCUCACGGCAGAGACGCUCGCUGUCUGCAAACCUUUGUUCAUCUUUGACGGCCUGGAUGAAAGCAGACUUUCUCUGGACUUCCACCACAGGGAGCUUGUGUCUGACGUCACACAGAGGUCAUCAGUCAACGUGCUGCUGACAAGCAUCAUCCGGGGGAAUCUGCUUCCCUCGGCUCUCGUCUGGAUAACCUCCAGACCUGCGGCGGCCAAUCAGAUCCCUCCUGCAUGUGUUGACAGGGUGACAGAAGUAAGAGGCUUCACUGACGCCCAGAAGGAGGAGUACUUCAGGAGGAGAUUCGGUGAUAAAGAGCUGUGCAGCAGAAUCACCACACACAUCAAGGCGUCCAGGAGCCUCCACAUCAUGUGUCAAAUCCCAGUCUUCUGCUGGAUCAGUGCUACAGUUCUGGAGCACAUGUUGACCACAGAUCAGAGAGGAGAGCUGCCCAAGACCCUGACUAACCUGUACUCACACGUCCUGCUGAUUCAGACAAUGAGGAAGAACAGCAAGUACGGUGAGGGACAUGAGACGACUCCACAGCAGCUGACGAGGGCUGACAGGGACGUUCUCCUGAAGCUGGGGAGGCUGGCACUUAAACAUCUGGAGGAAGGAAACAUCAUGUUCUACCAAGAAGACCUGGAGCGGUGUGGUCUUAAUGUCACAGAUGCCUCUGUGUACUCAGGAGUUUGUACAGAGAUCUUCAGAAGAGAGUGUGUGAUCUUCCAGAAAUCAGUCUACUGCUUUGUUCAUCUGAGCAUUCAGGAGUUUCUGGCUGCAGUCUACAUGUUCCACUGUUACACCGAGAGGAACACAGAAGAACUCAACAAGUUCAACUUUGGAACAUAUGGGGACACAGAGAGUACCUUCUUCCUGGAUGACCUCCUGAAGAGAACCAUGGCGAAAUCCCUCACAAGUACAAAUGGUCAUCUGGACUUGUUUGUUCGCUUCCUUCACGGCCUCAGUCUCGAGUCCAACCAGAGAGUCUUAGAAGGCCUGCUGGGUCGGACAUGGAACAAUCCAGAGAUCAUCCAGAGAGUCAUCAACAACCUGAAGGAGAUGCAGAGUGAUGACAUUUCUCCUGACAGAAGUAUCAACAUCUUCCACUGUCUGACUGAGAUGAACGACCACUCAGUUCAUCAGCAGAUGCAACAGUUCCUUAUGUCAGAGAACAGAUCAGAGGAGAAACUUUCAGAGAUCCACUGCUCAGCUCUGGCCUACAUGCUGCAGAUGUCAGAGGAGGUUCUCGAGGAGUUGGACCUGAAGAAGUUCAACACUACAGACCAGGGUCGAAGGAGACUGAUCCCAGCUGUGAGGAACUGCAGGAAAGCUCGACUCGGUGGUUGUCGACUCUCAGAGACUCACUGUGAAGUCCUGGCCUCAGCUCUGAAGUCAGACCCCUCACAUCUGAGAGAACUGGAUCUGAGGAACAACAAGCUGCAGGAAGCAGGAGUGAAGCUGCUGUGUUCUGGACUGGAGAGUCCAAACUGUCAACUGGAGACUCUGAGGUUGGGAAGGUGCAGUCUGGAAGAGAAAAGCUGUUCUUUUCUGGUUUCAACUCUGAGGUCGAACCCCUCUCAUCUGAGAGAACUUUAUCUGACUGACAACGACCUGCAGGACUCAGGAGUGAAGGAGCUGUGUGGUUUUCUACAGAGUCCAACCUGUCGACUGAAGACUCUGGGGUUUGAGAGCUGCAGACUGUCAGAGACCAGCUAUUCUUCUCUGGCUUCAGCUCUGAGGUCAAACCCCUCUCAUCUGAGAGAACUUGAUCUUAAUAGAAACAACCUGCAGGACUCAGGAGUGAAGGAGCUGUGUGGUUUUCUACUGAAUCCAACCUGUCGACUGGAGACUCUGAGGUUGGAUCGCUGCAGUCUGUCAAAGAUCAACUGUUCUUCACUGGCGUCAGCUCUGCUGUCAAACCCCUCUCAUCUGACAGAACUGGAUCUGAGUAGAAACAACAACCUGCAGGACUCAGGAGUAGAGGAGCUGUGUGGUUUUCUACAGAGUCCAAACUGUCGACUGGAGACUCUGAGGUUGAAGAGCUGCAGUCUGUCAGAGAUCAGCUGUUCUUCUCUGGCUUCAGCUCUGAAGUCAAACCCCUCUUAUCUGAGAGAACUGGAUCUGAGAGGAAACAACGACCUGCAGGACGCAGGAGUGAAGGAGCUUAUUGAUCUACAGCAGAGUCUAACCUGUAGAUUGGAGACUCUGAGAUGGGAGGAGUUGUUUGAGUGGAGGUGAGUUAGAAGAGGACAGUGUGUGUGGACGGAGGCCGAGCUGUGUCCUGAGGAUCCAGAGGCUGAAGCAGCAGCAGCUUGUGUGUAGUCUCCAAUCUACACAACCCCUAAUCUACAUGUGUUUGUCAGAUGAAGCCGGAGCACCUGGAGAAAACAUGGGGAGAACAUGCAGCCUCCACACAGGAAGACCCCAUCUGAACCGGAUUAAAACCAGCAACCUUCGUGCCCCGAUUGUGUUUAUGCACAUGAAGAAUGUGUUUAUUGAAAUGACACAACACAAGCAGAAUAUAUAAACCCUCUGUAAAGAGUCACAUACAGUGUAUCCUGUGUGUCCUGCACCAGAUGGGUUAAAAGCAGAGAUUACAUUUCCCUACCUGCAUGAGUGUGCCGUUGCAUGUCUGUGCAUGUGUUUGGGACUAAUAAAUGCAUCUUAAUCUUAAUCUUAUUUAAAUUUGUCUUUAUUAUUUAUUCCACCUUUGUCCCUCAGUAUGUCUCCUCUGGGUUGAAUGCACUUACUGUAAGUCGCUUUGGAUAAAAGCGUCAGCUAAAUGAAAUGUAAUGUAAUGUGUAUAACCACA